GUAUUGGACUAGUCGGAGAUUUAGGUUUCAAGGGGGACUCAGUGGUCGACUCUCCGAUCCCUUCUUCUCCCGGCCAAAAUCCGAUCAAAACUUCUCUUCCCUUAACAUUGAUUGCCUCCUCCCAGCUCAAUUCUGUGCUCUUUUUCACGUUUUACAGCUUCGUUUAGUACUCUGUUGGUGAGAGAGAUGAAUCAUGGUCAACAAUCUGGCGAGGCAAAGCAUGAAGAUGAUGCUGCCCUUACUGAGUUCCUUGCUUCUUUAAUGGAAUAUACUCCUACGAUUCCUGAUGAUUUAGUGGAGCAUUACUUGGCUAAGAGCGGGUUUCAAUGCCCCGACGUACGAUUAAUUAGGCUGGUUUCUGUGGCUACCCAAAAGUUUGUUGCAGAUGUUGCCAGCGACGCCCUUCAGCACUGCAAGGCGAGGCCAGCACCGGUUAUGAAAGACAAAAAACAGCAAAAGGAGAAGCGUUUGGUUUUGACGAUGGAAGACCUUUCAAAAGCUUUGCGUGAGUAUGGUGUGAACGUGAAGCAUCCAGAAUAUUUUGCUGAUAGCCCUUCCACCGGAAUGGAUCCUGCGACUAGGGACGAAUAGAAACAAGGAAGUCUUCAUCAUCUUUGCCUACUAAGGAAGAUAGUUUGUGUGUGAUCCCUCAUCUCCUGUUGUGUUUCAGUUAAAACAAAACACACUUCUCUUCUCAUCAGUUACUUGUAUAUUCGUUCUGUUGUUUGCUUCUUGAGUUGUUGUUGGGUUUCCUACGACAGUCUUAUCUUUCAUUCUUGUGAGUCUUCAAGUAUUGAUAUAAGGUUUCUGAGUUCUCAUUAGCAUGGUCAGACUGUUCUCUAUUUUGCAUCAAACUUGAAACAUUCUUUUGAUAAUUUCAAUGCCACAAUACGUUGUGUUAUAAUCC